GAAAAGAAAGUAAAAAUAAGAAAAACGAAAGUGAAAAACUAGCAUGCGCGGAGGAUCACACGCACGCACGCCCCCACUGGUUCCUAGAUCCAACCACUCACCCAGCCCACCCCAUCAACGCCAGUUCAACCACCCGUCGCAUCUUCCUCUUCGCUCUCGCUCUCUCCACUCCGGCCCGCCUCCUCUCGCUGCCGUCGGACGCGGAGUCGGUGCAACUGGUGUCUUCCUCUGCAGCCCAUCUCAGUUCUAAACAUGCUUCAUCAUUCAAAUAGCCGCCACCAGAGGAACAGAGGGUCAAGGAUCAAAACAUUAGUCCAGGUCAUCUUACUUGUAGGUGUCGCUGUUUGGCUUGUGUAUCAGGUGAAGCAUUCCUAUGACAAGAAAAGUGAGUACUUCAAUGAUACUGAAGAUCAGCUCGCCCAUGAUGAUAGAAGCAUGUUCCAGGGAAGGAAAGAAAGAGUCGGCAGUUAUGGCGAUGGUAAUGUGGAAAAGACUGUAGAGGAUACUGAUGUAAGAAGCAAACCAGAGGAAGUGAAGAGUGGAGAAACUGUGUUCGACAAAGACAAUUCUGACUCUCAUGAAGAUGAUGCAAGAAACUUAGAUAGGCCAGAAGCUGAGGAACGGCAAACCAGUGGUGCAGAUGGUAAUGCAGAAGCACAUAGUGGCGAUGAAGACACGACAACUGGUCACUCUGCAGCAAGCAAGCAUGACGAUGAAUCCAACUCAUCUGAUUCUGAGAGUGAAGUCUAUUCAACUGGAGAUGAUGUGCCUCAAAACAACAAUGCCCAAGAGGAAAUUGCUGCUGAGGCAAAUGGGACAUCCCAUGAAGAAGUCGCUCAAAGUGAUGGAUCCACUAAUGGAGAUCAGAUCAAUGCAAGCAGUAAUGGAUCAGAUGGACAGCAAGCUGAGAAAAAGGAGGCCACGGAGUUUCAAGCUGACUCUGAAUCUCUUUCUGAUGGUGCCAAGGCUGGAGCAAGUGAUGAGCAUGCCAGUGAGACUCUUCCAGAUGAAACAGGCAACAUACCAUCGGUUCAUAAUGAAAAUCCCCAAAAUGGUGCAAGUGAAAACCAAGGUGAUGCAGCUUCCGUUACAUCUGAUCCUUAUGAGCAUAGCAAUGGUGAUACUGUUCAUAUAGAGAUUGGAUCUGAACAUGAAGGUGCGACAACAUCAUCUGGGACUGCAUCUGGUGACGCUGAGAAGGGUAAUUCUGUGGAGUCCAACCCAUCUGAUAGCAUAUCUGUAGAAGAAAAGGCUGGGGUUGCAUCUGGUGGCGAUGAGAAGGGACUACACAUGGGUACAUCCAACGAGGCGUCAAGCACCAAAGAAGCAAACUCUGAGGAAGGCGUUGCUGUUGUAACAGAAGUUUCCAUUGACCCAGCUGCAAAUAUGCAGACAGAGAACUCUCAGGGAGCAUCCGCUGCUGAAGUAGCAAAUGGUUCUUCGGAAGAGAUGAAGCCUGUGGAGAACCAGACUAAUGGAGCUACAAAAUCAUCCACCAAUGGUGAACAGAAUGAUAUCAAGAUUGAAAUCAACAUAUCAACCAAUGAUGAUCAUCAAGGUGGUGAUGGCAGUUCUGGGUCAAACAGCUUAAAUGGCAGCGGUCCUGAACAAACUGGCAAAAGCGAAACCCAGUGAUAGCAACAAAACGCAUAUGAACAUUGUAUACGGGAUUGUUCACGGACAUGAAGAGAAGCUACUGCACAUAGAAGAUUGAUUGUUCAGAUUGAUGUUACAUCCUUUAGUCUACCUCUUAAUACAAGUGCGCCAAUUGUUCAGACUACGUGAGCCAUUCUCUGAAAGAUGGUUUGCAUGCAUUUUUCUUGUCAAGUUGCUAUGUCAACCAUGUGGCUUUGGCUGUUAGAUAUUUUAAUCUCUGCAAGGUAACUGUCCAUUCCUUCGUUAGGCUAGCGAUAUCAGUUCUGUGCAACUGUGAGCAAAACACAAACACUUCGCUGCCGCUUGUUCCAGCAUAUAAUUUUUGUGCAUCUUAUA